AUGGCAACGACGAACGGAAAAUUUCCGGCGAACUUUCCGGUUCUUGAUGGGAGAAAUUACGAUCAGUGGAGUAUAAAGAUGAAGGCGAUCCUCGGUUAUCAAGAUUGUGUGAAUCAAGCAAUUUUUGAGAAAAUUGUGAGAUCGGAGACGAGCAAAGUGGCAUGGGAUGUUCUCGCGAGCUCCUACGCCGGUGAUCAGAAAUUGAAGAAAGUACGGCUUCAAACUCUAAGGCGACAAUAUGAAUUGCUAGGCAUGGAAGAGAGUGAGACAAUUGCUACCUAUUUCACUCGUGUUCAAACCAUGACAAAUCAAAUGCAAUCGUGUGGUGAAACUCUGUCUGAUGAGAAGAUUGUUGAGAAGAUAUUACGAUCGGUGCAUUCGCGAUUUGAUCAUGUCACGGUAGCGAUUGAAGAAUCGAAGGAUCUAUCAACACUAAAAUUGGAGGAGCUUCAAGGAUCACUUGAAGCACAUGAACAACGAAUGAAUGAGAGGAAGUCUGUGAAGCCUAGCACUGAACAAGCAAUCAUGGCAGAAAGUGGAAACAGAAGUCGUGACAGUCAAGGAGGACGUGGCAGAAGUAGAAACAAUUAG